CUCCACUAUCAUAUUCUCCCACUACUCACUAUACCAUUGUUUAUCAACACAAGUUUGAAAUUCGAUAACAGGGAACCCGGUAAAAAUAAAUCAAUACGAUAUUACGAUGACAGAAUUCGGGGUAACUGUCUUAAAUCAUUCCCGUUCGUCGACGACCAAUUUGUUAUUUUGACUUGCUGCUGGACGUGCACGGAAUAUGACUUGAUUUACACACAUCACUAUGCUGCCCGAGGUGGAUGGUAUUGAGCAAUUGUACAGGCGAUUUUUCCAAGAAGCCCAAGAAUUACCCAAGAAACAAAAUGUCAAAAAAAAUUGUCAGAAAGCUCAAAAAGGAUCAAAACUUUACAAGGAUGGCAGUUGGACCAUGUAUGUAUCAGGGAAUGCUUCAGCCUUUGCAGUACAAUCAGCUGCUCGAUAUGCUGUGUUUGAUAAACAUGCUAAAAAAGCUAAUGAAGAAUACUGGAACUCUUCAUCAGCUCCAAUAUGUCUCAAAACUCUCAACCGAGUGUUACAAUCUUCGAACAAUGUUCAGGCUAUUUCAUGUCCAGAAAUUUUCAUUCCUAAGGUAGUUGGCAUUGGUUUACGUAGUGUAUUUGAACUGAUUAAAGAGAGUAGAGUACCCUCACCAGAAAUAUGUACUAAAGCUUUAAUGGCUUUGUUAGAUAUCAUUCAGUAUCAAUCACCAGAAGCGUUGAAAGAUGAACCAUCUGAAGUUAUAGAUCCAUUAUAUGAACUUUUAUUGGACAUGGCAACUGGAAACUAUGAGAAUGGCACUUAUGAUUUUAAAGCAGUUUCAUGUUCUUGUCUUAUAAGUUUAGUAAUAGUUAGAGGAGAUACUGGUAAAAUACUGAACACUUUAACAACAUUAAUCAUGUGCCCAAAUAAUGCAUCCCCUAAAAAAAUAAUUUUACCAAAAGUUGUAACUAGUCUGCAAAAAUGUGUCCGUGUUCUUACAUAUGGGGAUUAUGAAACUCGUGAUUGGAUGUCCAGUGGAGUUCCAAAAUCAUCUGAAAUUAUAACAUUAAAUUUAAAUUACUUACAGAACGUCAAAGGAAUGGCAUGUGAUGGAGAUUAUUUGUAUACAUAUUCAGAAUAUGGGUUUCAUAAAAUUGGUACUGGUUUUGGUGGUACAGUUAGUGGACAUCCAUAUGUCAAUGUAGCUCGAACAUCAAAUCAUUCUUUACAUUCUAGUGAUGUUUGUCUUGGAUUUUAUCAAAAAAUGUUAUACCUAAGGGUUAAUUAUUCAAACCAGGCUUGCAAUCAAGAAAUUGAGUUUUUAGAUAGAGAUACAUUUAAAAAGUUAGGACGAGUUCAAAUAGAUACUUCAGUGACGUUGAAUACAUCUUGUAAACCUGUAUUUAGUGAUAAAGAUAGAUUAUGUUUCCUUGAUCAAUCUGCAAAUAAUUACGUGAUUAAGAGUAUUGAUCCUAGUACUGGAAAACUUGUUAAUGAAGUUCCUCUUGUAUUAAGUCGUCGUAAUGUACGGAUUUAUGGUGUUUCUGAAUUAUGGGAUUCCAUUACAGCUGAAAGUGCUAUUAACAGUGCUACUGAUGAAGAAGUAUCUUCUGUUGCCACUUUAAAAGAUUGUUUUAUUAUAUCAGUUAAAUCUGGAAAAGCAUUUCAAUGGUUAAAAUCUAAUGGACAAAGUAGUAUAAACUGUUAUCGUUCUGUAUGGUCAGAGUUAAGUAUACCUAAUCCAUGUAAAAUCAUAAAAGUGGCAGCUGGUCAUGAUGGAUUACACUGUGUGUUGCUUUGCGAUACGGGAUCAGCUUAUUUCUUAGGUGUAUCACGACGUGGUGAAGAUUGUGAUAAUGGAAGGUACAGAAAGCAACCAAGAGUAUUGAAGCCAAAAAGAAUAACUAAAUUGGACGGACAAUUUAUCGUGGAUGUAGCUUGUAAUAAUGGUACAACUGCAUUAGUGACUAAAGAUGGUCUUUUGUAUAUGUUUGGCAAAGAUGAUACUUAUUGUGAUAUACAUACUGGUCUUGUAAAAGAUUUGAAGAAUGCUAAAAUUGUUCAGAUAGCUUUAGGAAAAGCACAUGCAAUUGCGUUGAGUGCUAAAGGACACGUUUAUAGCUUUGGAAUUAACAACAAAGGCCAAUGUGGACGUGAUAUAUGUGCUCCUCAAAUCAAUAAAAACAAUUAUCCUGAAAUAACCAAUAAUGAAUCAUUAAACCAAAUUAGUUCUGUUGGUGAACAAAGUAUAUUGGAUGAUGACUGUGAUGAUAAUAAACCUUGUGAGGAUAUUUGUAAACCAGGAAAACAUAACUGGAAACAUGCAGUUUGCAUGGUUUGUACUGUAUGUGGUGAAUGUACAGGGUAUAGCUAUAGUUGUCUUAGCAGUAUGCGAUCCAAUCGUAAAUCUGGCCAGGAAUGCGGUUGUGGUGAAGGAGAUGCUGGAUGCACUAUUUGUGGAUGUUGUCGUAUAUGUGCCCGAGAAGUUGAAGAUAACUCAGAAUUAGCUUUACUUGGACCAAAUGGUGCUGGAGAUGCAGCAAGGAUGAGACUUGAUGUUCUUCUUGGUAUUGAAGCAAAAAUAGCACCAGGAUUAAAAUCUGGAAAGCGAUUGUAUAGACAUGAACCACGAAAAAAAUUUAAUAUAGACGAUCCUAAUUUGGAUGAUGAAAUUAGUAGUAUAAUACAAAGUGCCGCUAAUAAUACUAACAUACAUUUUCAAAAACAAAACAGUGUAAUAACUCGAAAUUUUGUUGAUGAUGUAGUGAAUAAUCCAGGAAGUGAUAUAGAAAGGGAUACUGCUAGAAUGACUAUUUUACCACCUGCGCGAGUAUUUUUACCAAUUGACUGUCCAGUUAUUCAAAUUAGUUGUGGUUUACAUCAUACAGUAUUACUUCUAAGUAAUGGGAAAGUAAUAACAUUUGGUAGUAACUCAAAUGGCCAACUUGGAUGUAGUCUAUCACUUAGUAGAAAAGGCCCAACUGUUUUAAAAAUACCACGCUUAAAACAUCCCAUUAUCAGUGUGUCAGCUGGUAGCAAUCAUACUGCAUUGGUAUCGAAAGAUGGAAAACUUUAUACAUUUGGCAGUUAUUUGAAAAGUCAACUUGGUCGCGAUAGUGGAUGCAAUCAUGUACCAUUGAGUGUAGAAGACAUAAAUCCUUCUCAUACCAGAAGAGCAAAAGUAGUUAUGUGUUGUGGUAAUCAAACAAUUGUAAAAGUUGACGAGGCGUUAAUAAAUAGUAAAAUUUUAUCUAUUGCUGCCAAUAAUGAUAUUAUAUUGGUGAUGACAUCAAAUAAAUGCUUAGCAAUUAACAAACAAGAUGGCACUUGCAAUAGUUAUUCAGGGAAUAAUCAGAUACAAUUUGAUGAAAAACAUACUGGAAUGUGGUGUUUUGAUUUGUUAUACAAUAAUUUAUGGCAUAUUAGUGAUAUAAAUGAAAAAGUUGUGGUUACAUGUCAUAAUGUUAAUAGUGCUUGUAGAAGACAUAAUUAUACCAUUUCCUUGUUGAAUUAUGAAUUAGCAUUGCCACCUACUGCUGGGAUUUCAGUAUCUCGAAUUCAAGUUUUAGUUAAUUUAUUAACUUGUAUGGAUAUUUUGGCUCAAAAUUUAUCAUUGUUGCCUAUUGGUAUAGCAUCAUCUCAAAGUAAUAUGCCAGUUUCAUCAAAUACAGUAGAGCCAAAAAAGGAAUUUUUACAUAUCAAUCGAUUUGCAAGUUUGGGCGGUGGUUGGGGGUAUUCUGGACACUCAGUCGAGGCUAUUCGGUUCUCAGUUGAUUGUAAUAUUGCAUUAGUUGGUUUUGGUUUAUUUGGAGGAAGAGGAGAGUAUACAGUUAAACUUAAGAUUUAUGACAUUGGUGUAGAAGGAGGUGAGCGAGAAAUUGAUGGUGAACUGUUAGCAGAAACUGAUGAACUUACUUAUGAAUGUGCUCCUAGGCAAAAAAAUCCAGUCUUACUUGAUGAACCUAUUGCACUUUUUGCUAAUCGAUGGUAUGUAGUAUGUGCUAGAAUAACUGGUCCAUCAAGUGAUUGUGGUUCUAGUGGAAUGUGUAGUGUUACAAGCGACGAACAAAUUACAUUUACAUUCAAAUCAUCUCGAAGAUCAAAUAAUGGUACCGAUAUAAAUGCUGGACAGAUACCUGAAAUAUUGUACAGAACUGUUAUUCCUGAUUCAUUGUCAAUAUCAACUAUACAUACAUCGAAUAGUGAUAUUCAUAUAUUAAGUGAUGCUUUUUCACACACAGUUAAUAAGGAAUGUUUUAAUGCUUUGAUAACACUACUCCGAUGGUCGUGGAUAACAAUCAAUAAAAAUAUAUCAGAUAUGUGUCUUCCAUAUUCGCAAAAAAACUUUUUCAUGGAUCUAUCGAAAAAAGAUACUUCGUCAAUUUGUGAACUUAAACGACUGAUGUUUAUAAGUCAAUCCUGUUUCCACUUACUUCGUUCUUAUAUUCACGAGAUAUAUCCAGAUCAAGUUGACAAAAUGAAACUAAAUGAAACUGAAGCUCUUGCUAGUUGUGUUGUCGAAGUUCGACAACUUUUACAAAAAAUAUUAUCAGACAUUCGUCCACACGAAGUCCUAAAAAAUGUUGAUCGGAUAUUUAUUGACAAUAAAGGUAGUGAAGUAGUGAAAAUUAUGAAGUGUAUUAAAUGGUUAAAUCAAAUAUUGAAUGAAUGUCAUUUGACAUUUGUAUCAUGUUACCAUGCGUUUUACCCUACACCUCAUUUGAAACUAUAUUCUCUAUGGGAAUUAUUGAUAGACAAAAAAAAUACUGAUCAUAAGAAUAAGCUACUUACUGCGGUUGUUGCUGCAUUGUGUAACACUACAUAUAGACUUCGUGAACUUAUGCCAAUAUUGAAAGCUACAAAACAUAAUGAAAAAUCAGGAUCAUCAGAUCAAGAUCACCAGUAUUAUUAUCCAUUAUUGGUCAAUGCUACCACAUCAGCAGCUCAUAAUAAUUUAAAAAGUGAACCAAAUUGGGAAAUAUUACUCACACAUCUUUUAGACAUAAUAGGGUUACCAGUGCGAAAUGCAAUAUUGAAUAACAAAAAACCAGACAAUGAUUUGAAAUCACUUUCUACUAAUUGCUCGCACCUUGUUGCAAGAGUUGUAGCUGAACUGUCAUCACAAGCUACUUUAUCUGAAGAUGGAACAGAAAUAGUUAAUGAAAGAGAAAUUUUGCUAACUACUCCUUCUAGAUUUGCUAAAAUCAAUCAAACCAAAACAUGGAAUGCUGGUAAUGGUUCUCCUGAUGCAAUUUGUUUCUGGGUAGAUCGUCCUGGUAUUACUAUUGCUGGUUGUGGUGUGUUUGCUGGUGUCGGAAUUUAUGAAUAUGAACUUGAAAUUUUGGCAGAGAAACAGCAGUUGGAAUUUGAUGAACCUCAUGGUAAUCGAUGGAAAAGUUUAGUAGUGACUAGAGGGUCUUUUGGACCAGAUGAUAGUGCUAUGAAUUACGUCGCGGAUCUAAAAUUUGAUCACCCCAUACGAAUUAAGGAAAGAGUUAAGUAUGCGAUCCGCCUAAGAAACUAUGGUGGUCGAACAAAUAACGGUGACAUGGGGUUAAGUUGUGUAAAAGGACACGACAAUACACUUUUUUCAUUUAAUACAUGCUCAUUAAGCUUGAACGGAACCACUCAAUCUCGUGGUCAAAUACCGUAUAUACUGUAUUAUAGUAAUAGCCAUGAUAAGAACUGUGAUUUUGAACGUAAAGUAUGUAAUAAAAUCAAAGCUCGGGAGAGUACAUUAUCAUUGUUGAAAACAGUCGUGGAAAAGUCAUUAGAGUUAAUAAAUAUGUGUGCUGAAAAAUUAAGAAAAGAUCCACUUGUGCAUAAAUAUUUAGGAGAAUCGGCUACUGUAAAUGUAUUGCUUCCAUUAGUAUUGGCGCAUAUUGGCCCGUUGACAUCUUUUUCCAAAGACGCGAAGAGUGCUAUUCAUGUGCUGGAGCUCAUAAACAAGUUGCUACCGGCAGUGACGUCCAUUAAUUUGUACUCCGCUAACAAAUUAGACGUAACGCAUAAAGACCUUAGUGAUAAAUUGGAUGGGUCAAAACAGUUCGGAAAGUUCAAAUCCUCCAAAACUGAAAUUAGAGAUUCCAAAUGCACAACGACGUCCCAUCAUUAUGCGUGGGUCGAAAGCGAUCAUCCAUAUACAGCUGCGACCGUGUCAAAUUACAUAGUUAAAUUUCCAAAAGAAGUCAAAUGGUUGUGUCUUGAGUUUGACCCUCGAAGUUGUACUGCACAGUCUGAAGAUUCAUUGCAACUUUACAUACCAAAUUAUCGAGAUUAUAGUGACGAUGAUAACAAACACGUAGUUACUACUCCUUACAUACCGGUUUUGAAAAAAUUUAGUAAUGAGCCAAUCGAGUGGCCGUUUGCUGCUAUUAUGUUACCCGGUAACGAAGUGUUGUUUUCACUGGAAACUGCAUCAGAUUAUCUUAAGAAUGAUAGGAUUUCUCGAUAUGGAUUUCGCUGUCUAGUAAUUGGGUACGAAGUAGGAGAGCAAAGGAAAUAUCAAUAUCUUGGCUAUGGUCUUGUUAAUUUGGAAACCGAACUUUCAUUCCUUGGAGGGAUGUGCGUCUCAACACUCUUAAAAUGCGAUAUUAUAUUACCCAAUGACGAUUCUACGCAUAGCUUAGAACAAGGUUCAGUAGCAGCUGCUGAUGAGGUGUAUGCUAAGCAUUCGGGGUUAUUGAAAAAAGGAUUUGCGUUGGCGCCAUUCCUUAAUAUUCAGCAGGUCAUGGAUGGUGUUUUGCCAUUGAGCGUCGACGGGAACGAAAAUCGUUUUCUCAGGGAGUUCGUGGCUUGUGCGCCGCACUCGGCCGGUUGUCGGUUGGCCAGAUGGCUUCAACCAGAGUCAGUCAUUGAACCGGAUUCCUGUGAGCUUUCGCUGUCCACUGCUGAGGUGCGGUGUGGAUGGCCUGCCAAAUUUACGGUUCGAACGCGUGACCAGUACGGUAACUUGGUUCAAUCGAUCGGCCUAAAGGUGGAAUUAUUCACUCAAUCGAACUGCAAAUCCAAAGCCAACCCAUAUAUAGACAUUUGUUCCGGUACGGUGGAUGACAAGUAUUUCGGUGGACACCCUGUGCCAAAAACGUAUGUCCCGUACGAGGCGGUCAUCAAGGACAAGUUCAGAUAUCAAACAAUUACAUUUAUGAAACAUUACGAGAAUUAUUCGUUUGAAGAACUCCGGCUGGCGUCACCGUCGGCCAAAGGCGACUCAGAAAAGUUGCCGAUGGAGUCGCAAGGAAAUGGAACCUACACCGUGUGCUGGACGCCAAUGGCCAUCGGUUAUUACGACAUAAGGGUGGAAGUGGACGGCUAUCCACUGACAAAACAAACGAAACAGAUCGACGUGAAAGAAGCGCCUUUCAAUGGUGCCAAACCUCCGGACAACGGACUGACGCACUCGUCUCCGGCCACGAAAUUGCUGCAGCACGUGGGCAAAUAUAGCGCAGGACUUCGGAUCCGAACGCAUCCAUCCCUGCAGUCCGAACAAAUCGGAGUAGUUCCUGUUAAAGGGAUCAUCGGGUACACCGACGAGAUGAGCAACGACGACGGUGAUUGGGUACUAUUAAACUCGGAAUCGGUGGAACGGCAUUGUCAGCGGAGCGCGCCGCACGUCGAAGCGUGGUGCAUGAGGGCCAACAAAUAUUUGAACAACGAACAGUUCUUGGUGCCCGUAAAUGGGAAAACCGGCGGACCGAAAGCGCCAGCCGUCGCCGCCGCCGUCGCAGACGACGACAAACGUGCGGCCGUCGCGAUACCGGACACACCGAAGCAGCCGAACAGGGAAACAGCCAAGUCUUCGCAGCUACUUUCACAACCACCGACGACACCACCGCCGCCACCGCCACUACUACCGCCGCAGCCAAAGUCGUCUCCCGAACACUCGGCAGGACAACCAGUCGACUACAAAGUCGUGGUGUGCGGCGCUUCGGGACACAACAUCCGGAAUCAGCCGACGUUCAAGGCCACACCUGUCGGUAUGCUCGUCCAGGGCAACAUCGUUCAGGCCGUGGACAGGGUGACCAACGGCGAGGGGGUGUGGAUCAGGCUUUCCGACCAGUGCGCCGCGGCUCACUGCGGCGUAUCGUGCGCAACAGCCUGGUCACUGGCAGCUGACACGUCACACGUCAUCUAUUUGAAACCGGAAAAGGAUCAGAAAAUAGAACGACAAGACCAGCGGUCUUUCGUGCAGCGAAUAGACAACGAGAUUAGAGACCUGAAAGUGACCAACAGAAGUAACAACGCCAACACACAGCCUCAACGUUUCAAUUCGAGUUUGUACGUGAUCGAGCAGUUGGACACGACGGAUGACAACGAUAUCAAAAUCGAAAAAUUGGAAAAACAGUACUCGCCGAAACGGAAGAAGGACGUGAAAGCAAUAGAAGGAUUGAACGCCAACCCUUUGCCGGUGCCGUAUCACCGACCCGUCGCGGUCGGCCAAGACAGCAGGUUGAGUAACGGAAACAUGGUGAUGAUACCGCCUAGUAGUCCGCGCAAAACGGCCGGAAACAAGUACGCAGCUGCGGCUAAACAACAACCUUAUAAAAACGCGAGCAAACCGGAAGUCAUGAGUUCCAGAAGAACGGCGUACAACCAUUCACUAUCGGCGUCCAGCGAUACCACAGCACCUCCGACCACCAGUUCGUCUUCGAUCGACACCCAUAUGACCUCAAGCUUGUCCACUUCCGUCGAGAGCUCGACAGACCAACCGGAAAUGCCGACAAAAGUAGAAAUGUGCCCUGGUGUAGCACAAGCAGCCACACAAACGACACCGGAAAACGAGAGAGUCAGUUUUGUACCUCAUAGUAAACGAAAACCCAAAUGCGUACUCAAAGCUCGUUCAGAUUCUAAGAAUGAGUUUAAAAUUGAAUCAGUUUCUUCAUCGGAAUCAAAAGAUAGUCAACAAGAAGUAAUAAUACAAGAGCCUAAACAAACCGUGAAAAUGGCGUUAAGUCCGUCGAUGGCAGAGAGCCUGCGAGCCGUGUUCGCCGCGUUCCUGUGGCACGAAGGCAUCGUUCACGACGCCAUGACUUGCGCAUCAUUUCUGAAGUUUUACCCGAGUCUUCCAAAGAACGGUGCGGUGGUGACGAAGCGGAUGACUGAAAGGAAUAAGGACCGUGGUCUCCAGAGGCAUUCGGUGGAGGUUACGACCGGCGCAGGUGGUUACCGGCACAUCCGACCGAACGAAGUGAACCGACCAAAACCCGUAAUGACGUUGCCGGCCGAAGGAGCAAUCACCGAAGAGAGCAUGACCAGUUCCGGUAACUCAGAACUAGCAGACAGCAAUCACGCGCAAAUGGAAUCUGCCGGUGGUACAGCCGAUGACGGCAGGACGACCAUAAACUUUCUACCGCCCGCCCUCAACUGUAUGGUUCGGUUGUGGGACGAGAUCUCCGCCGACAUGCUACAGAUAAUAACUUCGGUUGGCGUGGUACGUUCGUCUUCUCCCGGACAGAUGACAAACUUCGGCGGCAGACACGGCGACAACGACAAUAGCAGAUCGCGCGCGGGCAUGAACACGCCCGUUCACAACGAGCACAUUGUCCGACUGAUGUACAACUACCAGUGCAGAGAGCCCAUGUCCUGCGAGCUGUGCGGCGACAUGUUAACCGUGCCCGUGUCCUAUCACAUGCUCAAAACCCAUCCGGGAUGCGGUCAGAGCAGCAACGGACGCGGUUACACCAGCAACGGUACCUACAAGUCCGGCUGGUCGGGCGAUUGUGGCGAGGGCGGUAUCGCUUGGUAUCUACUGUGCGAAUCCUGCCGUCACGGUUACAUGAAAAACGCCAAGCCGCAACAGGCUCCGGUCGUCAGCUUUAAGUGCGCCGAUCCGCCAGACAUACGGCGUGCGAACAACAUGGCCGCUAAGAUGGCCGAACAGAUCGCUCAAAACCGAUAUCCCUACGAAGACAGCGACGAUAGCGACGAUAGCUCGUUGGCGGCGAAAGUUGCUAGUAGCGUUCAGUUCUGCAGUUCCGCCGAGCAAUCUAAACAGCUCGCCGGCACUGUGAAUCACUACAACGACGAGCUAAUUGACAGUCUACACUUUACGUUCAAAGAGAACGCCAUGUUUCUAUUGGACUUGGCCAGCACCAGCGGUGGAAGAUCAACCAGCGACGAGCAGUCCUCAUCAUUGGGCCCUUGGGCCGUAGGCGAGUUUAAAUGCCUGGGUAACCUCGAGGCUCCUGUAGCGGGUAAACAACUACUGCAGUCAGAAACUUGCAACGACGCACUUUUGCAGCAUCUUCAUAACUGCGAUUCGUCGGGGGUCUUGUCUCCAGGCAAAGAUAUGGUAGACGGAAUCGUGAUGCGGAGCUUUCACCGGUCCGUGUCGAUGGACAUCGAGAAGUCACCGCUGAGACGGCCAGACAUGAUCAACCGUCGCAAACGGAUAAAUAGUACCAUCGACCCUGACAACGGAUUAUCACAGGUGUGUAUGCCCUCGGCGGCUUUACAGGCGCUCGUUCCUUGCGUCGACAACGCUACGAUGGUAGGUUGUUCAGCAGACGGUGUAAUAUCGAACAACGAAAAUGUAUCCGAGAUAAACGUUUUGAACAGACCAUCAAUGGCGUUUAUUGUCGAAGCUCACAAUUUAGAUGAUCUCAAAUGGGCGAUGAAACAUGCGGUGAGGAAAGCUGCGUGUCGCAGUUACGCUCUACAAGCGCUCAAUUGGUUGCUUCACGAAGUGUCUCAACCGUCAUGUUUACACGAUCUCUUAUGGUGGUUUGUGAUCGCGCUAUCUGCCGAAAUCCGUAAUAUUGAGGGGACCGACUACACUGAUCCACGUUGUCGACAUCCUCUAAGCGAUUUAUACUUAGCUGGAGACUCUAUCAACCCACUACCGCAGGUUUUCUAUAAGUUUUUGCAGACUGUCUCUGACCUGAUGCUAUACUUGCCACCAGGAUCGGCAUUGCAGAUGAUGGCUGUCCGCUGUUGGGAUAUAAAUUUUACGGCAUCCGAUCACAUGUUUUUACACAGGAGUAAAGUAUUCAGUAAUAUCAGCAAAAUACUAUCGCACAGCGAAGAUUAUCAAGACGUUUGCGAAGACACACAACCAGGCGUUGCCUCGAAUGAUAACUACGUUGUGUCAGCGUUCAAAGACAUAACGGAAAAUACAGAAAUCACAACGACCAGUCGACCGGCAAUGGUUCCGAAUUUAAUAGAUCGAACGACAGAAACGUUUUGGGAAUCCAGCGAAGACGACAAAAAUAAAUUCAAAACAAUCACGAUACAAUGCAAUAAUGCUUUGGAAGAACCAAAAGCACUUUACAUUCAUUUCGAUAAUUGUCGUGAUUUAAAUAACAAAAUAUCGACGGUAGUGUUUUCAUCUGGUCAAACAGUUGAACAAUUGAAUAAAAUACAAACAUUCGAUGUCGACACUCGUUUCAGUGGUUGGCUCGGAGUUUUCAUACCUGAUCAAUCGCACAAAGUUCUGUGCAUCGAAGUUCGAGGAGGAGACACGUCAGUGCGUGUUAGACAAAUCAAAGUUCUCGGAACUGUGUCAGGAAGUUCUCUACCGCAUGGUCGUCAAUACAAUUACUCUACCAUACAACAUCGGCAAUGUGAAAAUGAAACACUAAAAGUGUUUCGAUCGAUCACAUUCCAGGUUUUCGGGAAAUUAAUUCAAGGAAAAGAGACAUCUAUGGAUUCCAGUGUUGAAGAAAGCAAAGAUCUAAAAGAGCACAUGGUCGGCAUUUUGUUCAGUCAAAGCAAAUUGACCCAUUUGCAAAAACAAGUUUGCACUCACAUAGUAGACGCCAUCCAAAAGGAGGCAAUCAUAAUGCGCGAAGAAUGGGAAAAGACAGUUUGCAAAAAUGAUACAACGUCCAAUAAUGGUAUGGUCACUCCGACCGACUCAUAUUGUUUUGAAAUGCUCUCGAUGGUGUCCGCUCUUAGCGGGAGCAAUGUCGGUCGAUCUUAUCUAGCAAAUCAAUAUGAUCUACUGUCGAACUUAUUGAGUUUAUUGCACACGGGCAGCGCCAGAGUACAAAGACAAGUAACUCUGUUACUCAAACGAGUACUGCCAGAAGUGUCCCCUAGUGCAUUGGCUUCGUUGACCGGAUCUAGAAUCCCUUCUACCGGCUUCUCUAUCACUAGCCCGUCCUCUAAAAGCUACCAGGUAGGACUGCUAGACAGUUUCCUCAGUGUCAUCGCGAAAGCGUUGAUAUUGCAAGUAAAAGUGAAGGGCACAAACGGUAGCAAAGUCGUAAAUUCGUUGAAGCUCUGUGACGUUGAUUUAGACGAAAACGAAUCGUUGUGGUAUCUCAAAGGGGUUUCUCACAGAAAACUGGCUGAUGACAUCAUUCAGAUCCUAUGGGACUUGUCAAAUGGAAAGUUGGGUGGUAAUAAAAACUGGAUCGACACGACCCGAGCGGCAAUCGCGGAAAACAUUUUGAACUUAACAAGGUUGAGUAAAGAACACAGAACAAUGGAAUCGUGCAUUAAAAACCCCGUAUUGUGGUUGGCUUUGGCUUCGCACUGUGUGUUGCAUCCAGAGCACGCGGAGAGAUUAUCGUCCGGUCAAUGGUUAAAACCCGAAGACUCAAAGCCUACUCCGCCGAGACCGCUGUGUUCGAACCACGACGAUGGCGAGACCGCGGCAUCGAUACAAUGUCUAACGUGCGGAAAUCUUUGCAUUGACUGCGACAGGAUAUUACACUUGCACAGGAAAACCAAACAUCACCAAAGACAAGUGUGCAAGGAAGAAGAAGAAGCCAUCAGAGUCGAUUUGCACGAAGGUUGCGGACGUACCAAACUGUUUUGGCUUCUUGCACUAGCCGACAAGGCCACGUUGCAAGCAUUGGUCGAGUUUCGCGACAUGACAUCCGGCUCCUCAGACUUAUCGGCACCGGUCGCUCGGUCCAACGUGUUACAGCUCGCAAGAGUCGGAGUCUGCCGGUAUUGUGGCAUGGUCAGCAACGAUGGAUUACUCGCUAUAGGCAACGUCUGUGCCAAUGACGAGUGCCAGUUACACGCCCAAACCGGAUGUCAAAGGAUAUUGAAAUGUGGUCAUCUGUGCGGAGGCAUCAAAGGCGAGACGAAAUGUUUACCAUGCUUGCACGGGUGUGCCUCCGAUGAAAAUCCGUCACUCAAACAAGAUGCCGAUGACAUGUGUAUGAUUUGCUUCACGGACGCCCUGUCCGCCGCACCGUCCAUACAGCUAACCUGUGGACACGUGUUCCACUAUCAGUGUUGCAAGAGGGUGCUGGUCAACAAAUGGACUGGGCCAAGGAUCACUUUCGGAUUUCAACAGUGUCCGAUCUGCAAGACUCCGAUAGAUCACGAAUGCCUCGCCGAAGUUCUGGAUCCGAUUAAAGAGCUGAUGGCCGACGUCAAGCGAAAGGCUCUGAUGCGUUUGGAAUACGAAGGUGAAUGUACAAUAAAAAAUGAUCACGCGGCCGUGUACGCUAUGGAGAAGUAUGCAUACUAUGUAUGCUUCAAGUGUAAAAAGGCCUACUACGGGGGCGAAGCUCGGUGUGAACUGGACGUGGGUGGAACCGAUUACGAUCCCACCGAACUGGUGUGCGGCGGAUGCAGUGACGUAGCCCGAGCUCAGAUGUGUCCUAAACACGGCACCGAUUUGCUCGAGUACAAAUGUCGUUAUUGCUGUUCUGUUGCCGUUUUCUUCUGCUUUGGGACAACGCACUUUUGUAACGCUUGUCACGAUGAUUUUCAGCGCGUCACUAACCUGCUGACCGAUGAACUACCACCGUGCCCCGCAGGACCGAGAGCAACGGCUCUGAACGUAGACGAAUGCCCACUUCACGUCAAACAUCCUCCGACGGGUGAAGAGUUUGCGUUGGGAUGUGGAGUGUGCCGAAACGCUCAUACGUUUUAAACAAGACUAUUACGACUCAUUAACAGAAUAUUAUUAUACUGCUGUAACAUUUGUAUAAUAUUGAAAACGAAAACUCUGCCCGGUCCAUACAUUUUUCUGUCUUUCUAUUCUUUCGCCGUUGUAAUCGGCAAAUACUGCGACCUUUACUUCUCCGAGUCGCCUAUACCUA